AUGUCAAUCUGUCUGCUGCUGCUGCUGCUGCUCGUCUGCAGCUCCCAGGCGUCUCAUUUCUUGGGGACAGUGAUGACCUAUUACCCAAAAACCCCAAACGCAGAUGGAUCUGUCAGGGUGGCCGUUCGCUAUAAGCUGAGCUUCGGCUCUUGCGCAGCCACGGCCUCGUGGAGCUGUCACAGUGGGUACUGCGGGAACCAGAGCUUCCUGCUCGAGGAGGUUUUCAGCGACAGUGGAGAGUGGUGUCAGAGGGAGGGACGCGUGACUCAGCUGGUUCCCAGCAACGCUCCGUUUCAGCUGCUGUUGGGCGGCGGCGACUGGAUAAGUGACACCAAAAAUGGCAUCACAUCGUUGAGAGCCAUGACUCUGGUUGACCUGAAGAGCCGGUCCGACACUGGCAAAGCCAACACAUCACCACAGACCACCAUCCUGCCGGCUGUGAGAGUUCCUUCAAACUGUCAGAGAGAUUUCAACCUGUUGGCGUUUGACCCUGACGGGGACGAGGUUAAAUGCAGAUAUGGAGACAUGUCGCUGUCUGAGUGUAACACCUGCACACCACCGUCUGUUCUCAGCCUCGCAUCAUCUUGUUCUCUGUCAUUCAGCCCCACCAGUAGCAGUAAUGAAGGUCCAUAUGCAGUCCAGCUGGUGAUGGAGGACUUCCCCAGACAGACUAUCACCUUGAAUCAAACCAGCGGUUCGCAGGAAGUGAAAACUCCCAACGACGCUAUCAGCAAAAUACCUGUCCAGUUUGUUUUAUGGGUGGAUCCUCCGGUACCAUCCUGCACAGAGGGACUCUACCUGCCCAGGUUCCUGCCUCCGACCCCAGCCAACAGAGCUCGACUGUACACCCCUGUCAAUCAGUCCCUGGAAAUCAGCAUCAACGCAGAGGCCAAUAUCUCCACGGUUUCUAAGCUGGUGUUCAGUGGGCCGCACAACGUGAUGCAGACGGCAUCAGGAGGGGGUCAGUUCACCCUGAGAUGGACGCCAUCUGAGGCUGAAAAUGGAGAAAGCCACUCAAUCUGUUUUCUCGUCCAGGCAGAUGACAAUUUAGUCCCACGCAAGUAUCACUCAGAGCUUCGAUGUGUUGUUGUGACUGUUGGACCUGACCCAACAACAACCACCACUACUCCAACAACAAUAACCACACAAGCACUACAAAAACUCUACCCCACUAAACACAACAACAACCAGUACUCCAGCUACAACUACUCCAGCUGCAACAACCAACUCCACAACAACCAACUCCACAACAACCACUCCUCCACCCUCACCAGCUACCCCACUAACCACAACAACAACCAGUACUCCAACUACAACUACUCCAGCUACAACAACCAACUCCACAACAACCAACUCCACAACAACCCCUCCUCCACCCUCACCAGCUACCCCACUAACCACAACAACAACCAGUACUCCAACUACAUCUACUCCAGCUACAACUACUCCAGCUACAACAACCAACUCCACAACAAGCACUCCAGCUACAACCACUCCUCCACCCUCACCAGCUACCCCACUAACCACAACAACAACCAGUACUCCAACUACAUCUACUCCAGCUACAACUACUCCAGCUACAACAACCAACUCCACAACAACCAACUCCACAACAACCACUCCUCCACCCUCACCAACUACCCCACUAACCACAACAACAACAACAACAAGUACUCCAACUACAACUACUCCAGCUACACGCAACAACCAGCACUACACCAAACACAACCACAGAAACUACAACCACAACUCCUCCCACAACUCAACCCACAACAACUACCCCAAUCAACACGUUUAAUCACUUCAUCAUAG